CGACAUCACAUCAUCACAACAUUACAACCUCACAACUUCACAGCAAACAUAUACAACAAUGGGCAACAACAAUUCAGUGAGAAUCCAGACCGAUCGUGUUUGCUACACAGGUGGUCAGGUAGUAUCGGGAUCUGUCAGUGUGGUUAUCACACAACCAGUAAAGUGCGAGGCAUUGCACCUGACAGUGAAAGGAAGUGAACGCACGGAGUACGAAAAGGAGCGCACAAGGGAAACUACCGACAUGAACGGUAACCGCAGAACUGAGUCUUACUACGAAACUAUAUACGACAAGCAUACAAUCUUCAAACAAAAAGUAAUGAUGCACCAAUUUGACGACUCUGUGUAUCUACAACCCGGCCAGUAUUCAUUUCCAAUCCAAACGCUAUUACCCCAUGGACUACCUCCAUCGUGCAGAGACAAAAUAGGUCAGUCAAGAGCUAAUAGAACGUACAAGGUGAAAUGCCAUUUAUAUGUUCCCGGGUGGUCGAAGUCUGAUCUCCGUCACCAACAAGAAUUUAUGGUGCGCGAGGCCCCAACGAGACCGCGACUAGGUAAUGUAAUGCAAGAAGACAACCACCGCGUUAAGCGAUGGCUAUUUAAAGACUGCGGGCGAGUUUUUAUGAAGGUGACAUGCAUGGACACGUACGAUCUCAUUGGCAAUGAGGGCACACAGAACGAGGGUCGAGGUGUGAAUCUGCUGAUCGAGGUUGACAAUUCGCAUUGCAAGUCAAAGAUCAGAGAAGUCAAGGUGAAUCUGAAACACGAUCUGUUGAUAUCAGGGACUAACCGCGGUAAUACAAGGGAGGCUCGUACGUCUACUGGUGUUAAAAUCCCUGCCGGUGAGAAGUUCAUGAAGAACAUUUCUUUCCCUUUCCCAGAGCAUCUCUGCUCCACAUCCCGCGGGUACAUUUUUGACGUACUCUACCAUAUUAACGUAGUGUUAAUAAUCCCAAAUGCCUCGGAUUAUAAGACAUCACUCCCAGUCACCUUAACUGACUCGCGGGCACAGACUCAACAACUGCUGUCCGCCCCCUACGCUCCGCUGGCGUCAGAGAUUGCAGCUGUGCAAUGGCAACCACAGUAUAUGCCAGCCUUUGUAUCUAACACACCGCCUGCAUUCGUACCACCUCCCACGUAUGAGAGUGUCGCGUAUCAAGCGCCUGCCAAGAACGAGAAGGAUACAAUGCCCAAUGCACCACCCUCUGAGGUAGCCGGGGCGUCUGCACCUGCAUAUGCUUUAUCUGCGUACACGGAUAUGUAUGCAAUGACACCCGAAAAUCCAUCUUUGUAUCCACCGGUAGUAUCAGAAAAGCAGGUCAUGGGGAAAGUAUAGAUAGCACCUCAAUUAAGUCCCUUUGAAAUAGUCAUUAUCAGGGCCUGGUAUCGAAAACAGAAUAUAUCAAUCAUUUGC